CGCCCAGAGCCUGAUCAGCUGAUGGCUGGCAAUGUCUGUUGACAGCAGCAGCCUCCGCGGCAGGACUGGGUGUAAGAGGCUGGCGCUGGGGGAGGAGAUCGCUGCGAAGCCCCCCAAAUCCCCCUGGGCUGGGGGCAGGGCGAUGUGAAUCCAAAUGGAGCACUCUGAAGGAGGAGACCAAAACCAGCAGCAACAGCCUUGGGGGAAGCUGAUCCGGUUAGGUACAGAUGAAGCAGAGCCCCAUGUCUUACUGCUGAAAAGAGAAUGGACAAUUGGGCGGAAAAAAGGUUGUGACUUGUCCUUUCCUGGCAACAAACUGGUGUCUGGAGAUCACUGUAAAAUUACAGUGGAUAAAGAAUCUGGACAAGCAUCAUUGGAGGAUACCAGCACUAAUGGAACAGUAAUUAAUAAACUGAAAGUGGUUAAGAAGCAGACAUGCCCUUUGCAGACUGGGGAUGUGAUCUAUGUUGUUUACAGGAAGAAUGAGCCAGAAAACAAUGUUGCUUAUCUCUACGAAUCCUUCAAUGCAAAACAAGAUGUAACUCAAGAACCAGUAGAAGCUAAUGUAGAAAAUACGUGCCAUCUGACCAAAGAUACCUCACAUAUAGGAAGAAGUGAUGAUGGAACCCAGAUUACCUCAUCACUGCCAGCCACUGAGUCUUGCUAUGAGGAACCACAGCCAUCUACUUCUACAUCUAACCUCUUUAAUGCUUCUUCUACCUCUCUUAUUGAGCAGGCAUCUGCUGAGCGGGAUAAUCCUUCAACAUCUGGAUCACAGUCCUCUAUUUUCAUUCCUGUGCCUGCUUUCCCCACUCUAGAACCUAGGUAUCCUGGAGCAUCACAUGAAGAACAAGGACAGCUGUAUGCAAAUAGUGAAACUUCUACGAUCACUUCAAAUAUCAUUGAUAAAGAGAGAAAUGAAAGUUUUACAUCAGAGCCUCAAAGGGAAAAGGAGGAGGACUUGGAGCCUGCAAAGAAGAAAAUGAAAGGAGAUGAGAAUGCUAGUCCAUAUCUUCAGAUGACAGCUCCAAAUCAAUGUAUAAUUAAAGCUGGAUCUGAAGGUGCAAAACCAACAAAUGUGAAACCAGACAAAAUGGAAGAAACACUCACUUGCAUUAUCUGCCAGGAAUUGCUGCAUGACUGUGUCAGCUUGCAGCCCUGCAUGCACACCUUCUGUGCUGCCUGCUACUCAGGGUGGAUGGAACGGUCUUCUCUCUGUCCAACUUGCCGUUGUCCAGUUGAACGUAUCUGUAAGAACCAUAUACUGAAUAACUUGGUUGAAGCCUAUCUAAUCCAGCAUCCAGAUAAGUGUCGUAAUGAAGAGGAUGUACGUAGUAUGGAUGCCAGAAACAAAAUCACUCAAGACAUGCUGCAGCCUAAGGUGCGAAGGUCAUUUUCAGAUGAAGAAGGAAGUUCUGAGGAUCUGCUGGAACUGUCAGAUGUAGAUAGUGAAUCCUCAGAUAUCAGUCAGCCUUAUAUAGUGUGCAGACAGUGCCCAGGAUAUCGGCGACACUCCAUUCCGCCACUUCCUUGCCCAGGCCAAGAGGGGGAAGCAGGAGGAUUACAAGCAUUGGGAGAUGCACCAUCGACGUCUGCCGACUUUCCUGCAACUGUCCAGGAGUAUGUUUGUCCUUCUCAAGGAAGUCAUGUAAUAUGCACGUGCUGUUUUCAACCAAUGCCAGACCGAAGAGCAGAGCGUGAACAGAAUCCCAAUAUUGCCCCUCAGCAAUGUACAGUUUGUCUACAGCCGUUCUGUCACUUGUACUGGGGCUGCACUCGGAUGGCAUGUUUUGGCUGCUUGGCACCAUUCUGUGAAAUAAAUCUUGGUGACAAGUGUUUAGAUGGAAUCCUAAACAACAACCAUUAUGAGUCGGAUAUUCUAAAGGAUUACCUGGCAUCCAGGGGUUUUACAUGGAAAAACAUGUUAAAUGAAAGUCUCUUAGCUCUUCAAAGAGAAGUUUUUAUGCUGUCAGAUUACAGAAUUACUGGGAACACAGUGGUUUGUUAUUGUUGUGGCCUCCGCAGCUUCCGAGAGCUCGCCUACCAGUAUAGGCAGAAUAUUCCUGCUGCUGAAUUGCCAGUGACUGUCACAUCACGUCCUGAUUGUUACUGGGGGCGCAAUUGCCGGACUCAGGUUAAAGCACACCAUGCUAUGAAAUUUAAUCACAUUUGUGAACAAACACGUUUCAAGAACUGAACUUUCUGAAAUUGAAGCUGUCUGAAUAUUUGUAGUCUUUAGAAAGAGGAUGGAAGCCCAAAAUACUGAUCACAUAGGAAAUGUUUUCAGGGGAUUUUCAUUAUUCCCUCACAGCAGGGAGUUAAUAACUUUUUCAUCAGGUACUCUGGUGUGACCUUUUUAAUUUGUAGAGUUUAACAGUUAUAUAUGAGUAAGUGAGAACCUUUUGAAAGAAAAUCUGACAAGCAUUGCAUUCCAUCCUCAUUAUUACAGUGUUACUAUUUCACUAUACUUAAAUCACGUAAUAGCAGCCAUACAUUGGAGGACCUAACAAUAAUCAGUAAGGAGUGUAUUUGCACUAAAUGUGUCUGAAAAUAAGAGAAACCUUUAGAUUAAAAUGGAAAUGCUCUGUAUUGGUAACUUAAUAUCAAAGGAGGAAACUCAACACAUGUUAAGACUUGUCCACUGCUGUCUUGUCAUUAGAAUUGCAGUUGGGUUGGAAAUCUAUUAAAGUUCACUUUCACAAAACAGGAAGGUGAUCUGGUAUAUGUUCAUCAGAAUGGUUUUUUGUUAAUUUUUUUCCCUACUCAUUAAACAAAGAACGGCUUCAGUUUACAGCUCCAGAUCAGAACAGUGCUUUCCAGGAACGCUAUAAAGGAAAACAUUUUUUUAGCUUAGUAAUAUUGAUUUUUUUUACCAUUAGAAUUAAAUAACUCAAACAGUUGCACAAAUAUUUACAAAUCAGACUCAAAUUUGGGAUAGUAAUUGCUUAUGAACAAGCUUCUGCUUUUAAUAACUGUUUAGCAAUUUUAUAUUAAACUAAACCAUUAUUGACAUAGAGCAGACAGUAAGACAAGUUGGUGCGAUUUUUUAAAUGUAUUUUUUGGUGUGAUGUACGUUAGCUAGGCAUGUAGUUUUUAUCUUGCAGCUGUGCUCUAGUGUGUGCACAUCGGUAAAAGCAUAGAAAAGCUGCCACUUCAACAGAAUAUAACAGAUUUACAAGAAAGAACAAAUGUUACCUACGAAAAGGUCCACCACAGAUGAACUUUAGCAAUAUGGAGAAAUUCUUUUGAUAUGGGGGAGAUUUUAAGGGGGACAUUGGUGUCUCUAACAUUUUGAGUAUGUAGACUUAAUUUUUCACUCAUCUAUUUUUUGCUUAAUUGUGUUCAGAACAUUUCCUGAGCAUCAUAAAAAUGUGAUGUAGUCAUAAAUAUUUCCUAGUCGUCUGGCAACUAAUGUUCAUAUGCUUGACUUGGACCAGCUUUUCAUAAGUAUCAUACCCAGAGAGCAAAGUAGAAUGGGAAGAAAGAGUACAAAGUUACCUCUGUAUAUAUCAUGUUUUAGGUAUGCCUUAUUUUGCAAGCAAGAUUUAUACUUCAACAUGAAAAAAUACACUCUGUGCUAUGUGUUAUAGUGCAGCACAGGAUGAUGUAGCAUAUUAUAUCUGUUAGUCAAUUAAUAAAAAAAAGUACAAUACUGCACAUGUUAAUAUAAAUGCUAGUUAAAAAUAAUAGAUUUCUGUUCAUAUUUUAAUUUUAAGAGUAGAUGUAACAGUGAUGGGUCUGUUGGUAAUAUCCAUAAUGCUGUUAAAAGUACACUUGGGUGUGGACUUCUCUUCCUAAUCUCUGGGCAUUUCCUCCUGUGAGUAGGGUUGAAAUCAGAUCUGGAAUAAUACUUGAAACUUGUUAACAAAACUUUCUGUCUACCUUUUACUAUUACUAACAAUGUUCUGUUGCAUCUGUAUUCAUAUUUUAUGUUUAGAAAGAUUGAUUUUUUUUAAUGGUUAUUAUAUCUUCUCAGGACAGCCAUUCCCAGCUGUUUGGUCUCCAUUUCAACACUGGCUGUGCAUGUAAGCAAAUUACAUGUAUUUGUGGAAAGAGAGCCUUUGCACAUUACAUGUAGAAAUGUGCUUUGCAUUCUCACUCACUACUUUCCAUGCCCCACAUUGGCUUUUAGCAUAGACUUGUCACUAUGCUAACGUUCAAGUCCCAAAUGUGCGGAAUUUUUUGUGGAUUAAGAAUAACGUCUACAACCCUAUGUAUAACUUCUUUUGCACCUGCACAAGCCGUUGGGACGUAUGUGACAUUAAAAAUCUGCAACAAUCUCAAGUACUUGACAUCCAAACUACCUGUAUAGUAGAGGUUCCUUAUAUACCUUUUAUGUACCCCUCUCUUCCCCCCCUCCCCAAUAGAGAAUAAAUAUGCCUUUCUAUGCAUAGGGGGUUGAAGUAGUGCAAUGGAAUGAGAAGUUUUUUGUGAUUAUAUUGUACUUGGAAGAGCUGAGAGAUUAACUUGCAAAUGGGGAAGGUGAAUGAAUCCUGAUCUUUAUAUGCUCUUAAGUAACUAAGAGCAUCUGUCAUGGGUAUUACAUACUCUUAUACAUUAGUCCUUUUAAAAUGUAUGGUUGCCAGGUGAUAUUUAGAUAAUGUGAUAACUGUAUAAACUAUACUUGAUGUAAUUGUUUAAAUACUGUAAAGGUGCACCAUAUUUUUAACCUGUCUAAAGCAUACCCCCACCCUCUUUAUAAGAGACAUUUGGGAGCUGAGCAUGGAACCUUGUAGAAUAGAUGUUGUGAAAACAAGAGGGAUUAUGAUAGGGCUUAAUGUAGUGGUGAAUAAGAUACAGUCUCCUUCUGUGAGAAGGUUCUUUUAUAAAGAAGGUGGAAUGCAGUUCUUCCAAUUCUUUUUGUGAUUACCUGGACUAAAAAGUUAUUAAAAAAAUUACCCACUGAA